AACCUCCGUAAAUAUUAGGACAAAACCCCCGCCUUCUUACUCCUCUUCACUUCACUUCAUUUCUUUCCUCUCUCCGCCAUUCCCCUUUCGCCGCCACAAUCACCACCAAACAAAUUCUUUUCUCUCUUCUCUCAUCCAUCAAACCCUAAAUUAAUCCAAAAAGAUUACCAUCGCUAACUCUUCAACAUGGCUCUAUCAUCUGAGGUGGCGACAGAGACGGUGGCAGCGGUGCAUUUUGGAGUAAUGACUGAUGAUGAAGUGAGGAAGCUUAGUGUUCGGAAGAUUACAAACCAGAAUUUGUUGAAUACAGUUGGGAGGCCUGAGCCGGGAGGUCUUUAUGAUCCUGCUUUGGGUCCAUUGGAUGAUGACAGUUCUUGCAAAAUAUGCGGUCAACGUUCCUUUUAUUGCCCUGGACAUUGUGGUCAUAUAGAUCUUGUGUCACUAGUUUACCACCCAUUAUUGUUCAAUAGGCUCUACCGUCUGCUACAGGGUACCUGUUUGGCUUGCUACCAUUUUAAGGCAUCUCGAGAGGAGGUUAAGAUGUGCAUCUGUAAAUUGAACCUCAUUAAGAAGGGCAAUAUUGUUAGGGCCAGAGAGUUAAAUUCUAGUGAACGUCCUGAUGAUAGUGAUAGCAGCCUAUACUUGGGUGGGCUAUCUGAGGACCCCAAGCAUCAAUGUGGCUGGACCUCUUUUCAGCUUACUGAAGCAACUGCAGUUUUGAAGAGUUUCUUGAAGAAAAGAAGCGCAAAGUGUUAUUGUGGGGCCAAGAAUCCUUCUAUUACUAAACCCAUCUUUGGCUGGAUCCACAUGGGUGGCUUGAAUGAUAAUCACAUAAAAGCAAAUAUCAUCAGAGGGCACAAGUUAGCUGGACCUCUGGCUGAAGGAGAUGAUGAUAAGUCUAUGUCUGAGGUAGAAAAUGCCGAAGACCAGGAUUCUGGACGAGUAGCAUCAAAUAGGCGAAAGAAGAAGGAUGACUUACAGUCAGACUUCUUAAAGUGGAAAACAGCACGAUCUCUCUUACCUACAGAAGUGAGAGGUAUAUUGGAGCGUUUAUGGGAAAACGAGGCUCGAUUAUGUUCGUUUAUCUGUGAUAUUCAGCAACAUCAACAGAAUAUAUCUCAGAAGAAAGCAGCUUUUACGAUGUUUUUCUUAAAAAGUCUUCUUGUGCCUCCAACCAAGUUCCGUCCUCCCUCCAAGGGAGGUGAUGCAGUGAUGGAGCAUCCUCAAACUGUUUUAUUGGGCAAGAUUUUGGAGUGUAAUAUAUCCUUGGCAAAUGCUUAUGAACAGCAUGCUGAGCGUAAUUAUAUUCUUAGCAGGUGGAUGAACCUUCAACAAUCUGUAAAUGUUCUUUUCGAUAGCAAGGGUGGAGCAGGUCUACGACAAAGAGAUACGGCUUCUGGAAUAUGUCAAUUACUGGAGAAAAAGGAGGGCUUAUUCCGGCAGAAAAUGAUGGGGAAGCGAGUUAAUUUUGCUUGUCGUUCUGUAAUAUCGCCCGAUCCUUAUUUAGCUGUCAACGAGAUUGGUAUUCCUCCCGUCUUUGCAUUGAAGUUGACAUAUCCUGAGAGAGUGACUCCUUGGAAUGUGACAAGCUUACGAGAUGCCAUCGUUAAUGGGCCUGAAAUUCACCCUGGAGCCACGCAUUAUGUUGAUAAAGUGGCAACUGUGAAACUACCACCUACUAGGAGAUCUCGCAUUUCUUACUCAAGAAAAUUACCUUCUUCAAGAGGAGUGACGACACAAUCUGGGAAGACUUUUACUAAUGAUUACGAAGGCAAGAUUGUAUACCGUCACUUGCGCAAUGGGGAUAUUGUCCUUGUGAAUCGUCAGCCGACACUCCAUAAACCAAGUAUAAUCGCUCUUAAGGUUCGUGUCUUGCCUGGAGAGAAGACUAUUCGUUUUCAUUAUGCAAACUGCGACUCCUUUAAUGCUGAUUUUGACGGUGAUGAAAUAAAUGUUCACUUUCCCCAAGAUGAGAUAUCCCGUGCUGAAGCUUAUAACAUUGUCAAUGCUGAUAACCAGUAUAUAGUUCCAACUCGUGGUGAUCCUAAACGAGCCUUAAUUCAGGAUCACAUUGUAGGUGCUGUACUUCUGACAAAGAGGGAUACUUUUCUUACCUUUCAAGAAUUCAAUGAACUUCUUUACAUGUCUGGUGUCUGUUCCUACGGGACAGCCUCUCUUAAUAGAAAACCUGGGAAGAAAGUAUCUGUAGUUGAUUCAGAAAGUGUUAUACAGGCUCAUCCGCCGGCUAUACUUCGACCACAGAGACUUUGGACAGGGAAGCAGGUCAUUACUGCCAUCUUGAAUCACAUAACGAGAGAUUGCUUACCAUUUACUUUAAAAAAGCGUGGUAAAAUUGCACGAGAAUAUUUUGGGAAGGAUGAAUCGAAGAAGAAGAACGUUGAAAGUGCUAAGACAAUUGACGAGGUUUCGAGAAAGAAAAAGAAGAAUAUUCGUACCUCUAAGGAGACGAUUGUUGGGGAUUUGACAAAUAGCAUUAUAAAAGAUUCUGACAAAAUGACUAAAAGUGAAAUGGAAAGACGGAUGAAAUGGAAUCCAAGUCACACCCUUGAUGAAGAUGUUGUAUUUGUUUACAAGAAUGAAUUGGUUCAAGGGGUUAUUGACAAGGAUCAGUUUAGCAAGUAUGGUUUAGUUCACACUAUGCAGGAGAUGUAUGGGGCUGAUGCUGCAGGAAACUUGCUUUCUGUAUUGAGUCGUGUUUUGACUGCUUUCCUACAGAUGAAUGGUUUUACAUGUGGAGUUCAUGAUCUUCUUCUAGUACAAUCUUAUGACAACCAGAGGAAACAAUUACUUGACUUUUGCCUUAAUUGUGGCAAGGAAGUUCACCAGCAGUUCAUUGGUCGUGAGAAAGAACAUUUAGACUUUUCUGAGAUGCAAAUCGAAAUCGAGAAAGCAAUUCGACGUAAUGGAGAUUCUGCCAUAGCCCUUCUUGAUGGGAUGAUGAGAAGCAAGCUUAAUACUCUAAGCUCAGCAGUCACUAAGUUGUUCCCUGAAGGACUCAUUAGGCCUUUCCGAAAUAACUGCCUCUCUCUUAUGACACUGUCUGGAGCUAAAGGUGGCACUUUCAACUUCCAACAAAUAUCUCUCUUGUUGGGUCAGCAAGAGUUGGAGGGGAAGCGUGUACCUCGAAUGGUCUCUGGGAAGACAUUACCAUGUUUUGUUCCUUGGGACAGUUCUGCUCGAGCUGGAGGAUUUAUCAGUGAUCGUUAUCUUACUGGCCUCCGCCCACAAGAAUUUUAUUUCCACUGCAUGGCUGGUCGUGAAGGGUUAGUUGAUACAGCUGUCAAAACAUCUCGCAGUGGAUACCUGCAAAGAUGCUUGAUUAAAAACCUUGAGUGCCUUACUGUUCAUUAUGACUACACAGUUCGUGAUGCAGAUGGUUCAGUUAUCCAGUUCCGUUAUGGAGAAGAUGGGGUUGAUGUCCAUCAAAAAAACUACAUGCAAGAAUUCGAAGCAUUAGCAUUGAAUCAACCACUGAUUGUCAGCAAAAAUCCUCUGAGUCAAAUAGAUGGUGCAUGCGUAUCCAAGUAUAUUGAAGAAGAUAACGAAUUUCCAGAUAAACUUGCCAAAGAAGCUAAGGAUUUCUAUAAUAAUCAUGCAAGUGCAAUGAAUCUUCCACACACAACCCCAAAGGACCGUUUGAACUUUCUAAAAUUGGUUAAGAACAAAUACUACAUGAGUCUUGCCCAGCCUGGGGAACCUGUUGGAAUUAUUGCAGCUCAGUCAAUUGGAGAACCGUCUACACAAAUGACACUGAAUACAUUCCAUCAUGCUGGCCGAGGAGAAAUGAAUGUGACACUGGGGAUUCCUCGUCUGCAGGAGAUAUUAAUGACUGCAUCAAGUGCCAUCAAGACUCCAACUAUGACGUGCCCUUUACUAAAAUGCAAGGCAAAGGAUGAUGCGGAGCAGCUUGCUGCAAAGUUGAAGAGGGUUGUAGUCGCUGACUUGAUAGAAAAUUUGGAAGUUAGUAUUGUGCCCUUUGCCAUUGAGAAGCACGAGAUCUGCAGUAUUUAUAAGCUUAAAAUAAAGCUUUAUGCUCCUGAACUUUAUCCUUCUCACACUGAUAUAACAUUAGAAGACUGUCACAAUACUUUGCUAAACGAGUAUUUAAAGGAAUUGGAGGCUGCAAUAAAAAGCCAUUUGCUUUUGCUUUCAAGAAUAUGUGGAAUCAAGUCUGAUGCCCUGCCAAAAGGUUCAGAUGGGAUGAACGGGGAUGACUCAGGCAGCAAAACACGCUCUGAAAAUGACGAGGAUGAUGAUGAUGACGACGACGAUGAUGAUGAAGGGGCUGAUGAUUUUGGUUCAAAUGCUCAGAAGAGGAAACAGCGAGUUACAGAUGAGGUGGAUUAUGAGGAUGACUCUGAAGAGGAAGUUGAGGAAGGGAAGCUUGUAGCUGAAGGUGAGCAUGAGGUAGAACUGGAUGAGGAAGUUGAGGAAGGGAAGUGUGUAGCUGAAGGUGAGCCUGAGGUAGAACUGGAUGAGGAUGAGGAAGAGACUAAGGAUGCAGAUGGAGAAGAAAGUGUGGAGCAAGAUGUACCGGAAACCCCAUCUGGCCCUCUUUCACAACAGCAGAAGAGACCGGAAGCUAAACAAAGAAAAUUUUCAGAGAAAGAUCUUACAGUACAUGUUGCGUGUGAUGGACUAUUUUUUGAAGUCCAUUUUAAGUUAACCAAUGAACCACACAUAUUGUUGUCAAAGAUUGCUGAGAGGACAGCUAAAAAAGUUCAUGUGAAGAGUGCUGGCAAGAUUGAGCAAUGUAAACUAGUAGAGCUCCAUUUGGACGACUCUGGAAAGGGAGGGAUCCCGAUGCUGAGAAAAGGUAAAGAGUCUCGUCCUGCUCUCCAGACUGCCGGUGUGGAUUUUACUGCUUUUUGGGAUAUGCAAGAUGAGCUUGAUGUCAGGUUCAUUAGUUCCAAUGACAUACAUGCAAUGCUUAAUACUUACGGGGUCGAGGCUGCCCGAGCAACAAUUAUAGCAGAAAUCUUCACAGUUUUUGGCCACUAUGGAGUUUCAGUUGACAUGCGGCACUUAACUUUAAUUGCUGAUUACAUGACACAUACGGGCGAGUUCAGGCCAAUGAGCAGAAGUGGUGGCAUAACUGAAUCAAUAUCACCGUUCGGCAAGAUGUCAUAUGAGACAGCUUCUAAGUUCCUUACUGACGCAGCUGUUUCUGGAGAAGUUGACAACUUGGAGACUCCUUCUGCUAGGAUAUGUCUUGGCUUGCCUACUAAAGUUGGAACUGGAUGUUUCGACUUGAUGCAUGAUAUAGAUGUGUAAUGUUGUGUAAAUUUUUUUUUUGUCACAUUCACAACAGCUCGCACUACGGAUGUGAUUGAUUCUAUGUGACCCUAUGCGUGUAAGAUUGAAGUGAUCCUUAGUUAUGUAUCCAAAUUUUGUAGUUUUGGUUUAUAGCUCGAAAAGUAAUGAAAUACUAGUAAAGAGAAAUGCAUAUGAAGUUGUGCACUAGAGAUUGUAAAUUAAAAAGAUAGUAUUGAGGGACCUUAAUUGUUAAAAGGGAUAUUAAAUGUUCA